UUUUAACCUAUAUCUUUUUUACGCCGACUACCGCCGUGGCGCCGUUCCCCGUGGCCCGUACACUUUACGAUCGCCGAAGUUACGAAUUUCAUCGUCUCCGUCGUUUACCACAUUUUUCCAUUGCCGUCGCACGUUUCGUGUCCAACAGACUUAAAAAUGCGUUACGUGGCUGCAUAUCUCUUAGCUUCCUUCAGUGGAAAAGAACCAACCAGUGAUGAAAUUGAAAAAAUCCUUAGUUCCGUUGGUAUUGAAUCUGACUCUGCCAAAGUUAGUCUCAUUGUUAAAGAACUGAAAGGAAAGAAUGUUGAUGAUGUUAUCGAGAGUGGCAGGUCUAAAUUAGCCAGCGUACCUACUGGUGCAGCCGUAGCAGCUCCUGCUGCAGCUGGAGCAGCAGCACCAGCAGCUGCUGAAGAAAAAGCCUCCAAAAAAGAGGAAAAGAAAGAAGAAUCCGAUAAUGAAUCUGAUGAUGAUAUGGGCUUUGGACUGUUCAACUAAGAUUAAAAUAUUCUGCUGGAUUUUUUUUGUAUUUCAAAAACUGAUGGUUCAAUAAAACAAAUAUUUUAAUUUUUUA